AUGGAGAAGAACAAACCUGACACUCAUUUUUUUCUAGUUUUUGCUUUAUUCCCUUCAGGGAAUCAAGGAGAUGAAUCACUUCCUCUAGCGCCAAGAACUGUCCGAUUAACUGGAGGAUCAUCUUUGAAAGAAGGCACAGUGGAGCUGUAUUACAGUGGUCAUUGGGGAGCUAUCUGUGACCAGCACUGGAAUGACAGAGAUGCAACUGUGGUCUGCCGACAGCUGGGCCUGAGUGAGAUUGGCACCAUGAUAAAGAAUAAAGGUUUUGGCUUUGGAUCAAAACUUGCUCACUUAGGAUGGUUGAACUGCCAUGGGGAUGAGAAGUUUCUACUUCAGUGCCAGUAUACGAAACAUGGAAUUGGCAACUGUGACCAAGAAAAUGUAGCAACAGUGUUGUGUGCACCUCCUGCAGGUUCAGUGAUUCCCAUUCGUCUGAUGGGAGGGAAGGAAGACACUGAAGGUCGUGUGGAGGUGUACUACAAUGGCACAUGGGGAACUAUUUGCGAUGAUCAGUGGGAUAACGCAGAUGCAGAAGUGAUCUGUAGACAGCUUGGACUCAGUGGCAGAGCUAGAGCAUGGACUUGGGCACACUUUGGGAAAGGCACCGGACCUAUCUUGCUGGAUGAGGUGGAGUGUACCGGGAAUGAGCUGUCUUUAGAUCUGUGCCAAAAGAGUGCAUGGGGAAGCCACAACUGUGAUCACAUGGAAGAUGCUGGAGUGUCCUGCAGCUCUGCAACAGAUGUACACAGUGAAUAUCAUGAAACAACAACGGACAAUGAUGUAGGUCCUCCAGUCCGCCUUGUAAAUGGAGAAAGUGAUCAAGAGGGCAGAGUGGAGGUAUUUCUCCAUGGGGAGUGGGGCAGCAUUUGUGAUGAUGGAUGGACCAACAAGGAUGCUGCUGUCAUAUGUAGGCAGCUGGGCUUCAGUGGUUUCUCUAAAGCCAAAACAAUGGCAUACUUUGGGGAGGGUCAUGGCCCCAUCCACCUCAGCAAUGUGAAAUGUAAUGGCUCAGAGCAGUCACUGAAUGAGUGUUUGAAAGAUGUGAAUGGGACACAGAGCUGCAAGCAUAGUGAGGAUGCUGGAGUGAUGUGCAGCAGUGAGGAUGAUCCACUGAGAAACAACCACAAGAAAGGUGCAGAGCCCUUUGUAUGUGGGCUACGUUUGUUACGUCGCAAGAAGAGAAUUAUUGGAGGAAAACAGUCAAUCAGAGGCAGUUGGCCCUGGCAGGCUACUCUUCGACUUAAAACUUUCCAUAAAGACAGUCGACUGUUGUGUGGGGCAACACUAAUCAGUAACUGCUGGGUUUUAACAGCAGCUCAUUGCUUCAAGAGAUUUGGAGAUGGAGUUCGUCACUAUGUCCUGAGAGUGGGCGACUAUCACACAUCAGUAGAUGAUGAAUUUGAACGUGAGAUCCCUGUUCAGAGAAUAAUCCUACACAGGAAGUACCGCCCUAGCAGCAAUGAUUAUGACAUUGCUUUGGUCAGAAUGACAGGUCAGGAAGGACAAUGUCUCACCUUCAACCACCAUGUUCUUCCAACUUGCUUACCUGAGGAACAGGAGAAACAUUCCAUACAGAAGCAAGUUUGUUUCAUUAGCGGUUGGGGUGAUACAGGGAAGUCCUACUCAAAGACAUUGCUGCAAGGAGCAAUACCUUUGUUGCCUAAUGAAGUGUGCAAGUCCCGAUACAAAGACAAGUUCACAAGCCGUAUGAUCUGUGCUGGAAAUCUGUCAGAGCAUACGCGAGUUGACAGUUGCCAGGGAGACAGUGGAGGCCCCCUUGUGUGCCAGAAAAUAAAGGGACACUGGACAAUACAUGGAGUCACAUCAUGGGGUUAUGGGUGCGGGAGAAGGGACUCACCGGGUGUUUACACUAAAGUUAGUAAGUUUGUUUCAUGGAUUAAGAAAGUAACAAAGCUGAAAUAA